AUGAUUGUUUCGCGCGUUGUUGAUGUCGCCGUCAAUCCGGAACGGUGGUUCGAAAGUAGAAUGACGGACUCGAAAUAUUUCACAACCACCAAAAAAGGUGAAAUAUUUGAGUUGAAAAAUGAGCUGAAUUCGGAUAAGAAGGAGAAGAAGAAGGAGGCUGUAAAGAAAGUUAUUGCCAGUAUGACUGUCGGAAAGGACGUUAGCGCGUUGUUUCCCGACGUUGUCAACUGUAUGCAGACCGAUAAUGUUGAAUUGAAGAAGCUUGUUUAUUUAUAUUUAAUGAAUUAUGCCAAAUCUCAACCCGAUUUGGCUAUUAUGGCUGUAAACACGUUCGUAAAGGAUUGUGAAGAUCCAAAUCCGUUGAUUCGCGCGUUAGCCGUUCGUACAAUGGGUUGCAUUAGAGUAGAGAAAAUUACGGAAUAUUUAUGCGACCCCCUCAGAAAGUGCAUGAAAGACGAAGACCCGUAUGUUAGAAAAACCGCUGCUGUUUGCGUUGCGAAACUUCACGAUAUGAACCCUCAACUAGUCAAAGAUCAAGGGUUUGUUGAACUGUUGAAUGAUUUAUUGUCUGAUGCGAAUCCAAUGGUUGUCGCCAACGCUGUUGCUGCUUUAACUGAAAUUAAUGAACAGGAAACUGUAAUUGAGGUUAACAGUCAAAUGGUUAAUAAACUUCUGACAGCUCUCAACGAGUGCACGGAAUGGGGACAGGUUUUUAUUCUCGAUGCUCUUGCUGGUUAUUCUCCUCGUGAUGAACGUGAAGCUCAGAAUAUUUGCGAACGUAUCUCGCCACGUCUUGCUCACGCCAAUGCGGCCGUUGUUCUGUCGACAGUUAAGGUGUUGAUGAAGCUUAUUGAUAUGAUGCCUGCCGAUUCGGAUUUUAUUACUCAGCUUACCAAGAAACUUGCACCACCAAUGGUGACACUGUUGUCUGCUGAGCCCGAGAUUCAGUACGUUGCCCUUCGAAACAUUAACUUGAUUGUGCAAAAGCGACCAGAUAUUCUGAAGCAUGAAAUGAAAGUGUUCUUCGUGAAAUAUAAUGAUCCGAUUUAUGUGAAAAUGGAGAAAUUGGAUAUUAUGAUCCGUUUGGCCCAGCAGAGCAACAUCUCGCAAGUGCUCAGUGAGCUUAAAGAAUACGCCACAGAAGUCGAUGUGGACUUUGUGCGAAAAUCUGUUCGAGCCAUUGGAAGAUGUGCUAUUAAGGUGGAAGCUAGCAGUGAGAAAUGUGUUCAAACUCUUCUUGAGCUCAUCCAGACAAAAGUAAACUAUGUGGUUCAAGAAGCUGUCGUUGUUAUCAAGGAUAUCUUCCGUAAAUAUCCGAAUCGCUAUGAGAGUAUCAUUUCUGCGUUGUGUGAGAACCUUGACACUCUCGACGAGCCCGAAGCACGUGCAUCGAUGAUAUGGAUUAUUGGAGAAUAUGCUGAGAGAAUCGAUAACGCUGACGAGCUUCUAGAGAGCUUUGUCGAAGGAUUCCAUGAUGAGAACACUCAAGUUCAGCUUCAACUCCUCACUGCUGUCGUCAAACUUUUCCUGAAGAGACCAGGAGCCGCUCAAGCUCUGGUGCAAAAGGUGCUGUCGUUGGCGACGCAGGACAGUGAUAAUCCGGAUCUGAGAGACAGAGGAUUCAUCUACUGGCGACUUCUUUCCGCUGAUCCAGCUGCUGCCAAGAAUGUCGUUUUGGCAGAGAAACCGUUGAUUUCGGAAGAGACUGAUCUUUUGGAGCCAUCGCUUCUUGAGCAGCUCGUGUGCCACAUUGGAACCCUGGCUUCAGUCUACCAUAAGCCGCCAUCGGCGUUUAUUGAUCCAGCAAAAGCUCCGCUCAGACAAAUCAAUCCAGUCGCUUCGUCAAAUGGUGCAAAUCUUUUGGAUACUUCAUCCAGUCGUAAUGGAGGUGCUGCUGCUCCAACUGUCAUUCCAUCUCAAGAUCAGGUCAUUGCCGAUCUUCUGUCUCUUGAUUUGAAUGCUUCGGCUCCUGGUGUUCCGUUCAACAACUCGAUGACCGGAACCACAUCAUCCGGAGGACUUGACGACCUUUUGGGAUUGGGAGGAGAUGUUGCUGCUCCAGCAGCUCCAGUCGUAUCGCAGAAUCCGUUCGAUCCACUUGGAAGCCUAGGAUUUGGAGCGCCUGCUCCAGCCGCACCAACCCAACCAGCAGCGAUUGGAGGUCUUGCGGAGAUCUUCGGAACCGCUGGACUGGCGCCAUCAGCUGGUUACACGAAUCCCAAAGAGAUUCUUUUGAAUGCUUCAAAGGCAAUGGGAAUGCACGUCGAAGGAACGUUCAACAGAAGAGGCGGAAAGAUUUACAUGGAUUUGACGAUCACGAACAAGGCGAUGCAAGCGAUGAGUGGAUUUGCUGUGCAGUUCAACAAGAAUUCGUUCGGUCUCAUUCCAAUCGAGCAGCCAAACUCUUUUGCGCCACUUUUGCCGAACCAAAGUCAAAACUUCUCGCUUGCUUGUGACACAAAUGGACCAGUACAAGUUUCACAACCGCUCACAAAUCUCCAGGUAAUUAUUAUUUAUUGA